AUCGAUUAUCGAGAGAUCUAGCUGUUGUUGUUCGGUCUGAUUAGUAUAGUUAUAAUUCAGGCACACAACUAAACAUUGCGUGUACAGUAGGUCUGGAAUUGGUCAGCUCUCGGAACACGGGGAUUGAAAUUGACCCCCUCCCUCCCGAUUCCCAGACUACUGGAGGGUUCUCUGUUUCCAAGAGAAAGACUAGGAUGUUAUCAGGGAGAUUUUAUCAGUGAACUUUAUGUUGUGAGUUUAAGUGUACGAGGAUAUAAUCGGAUAUCGUACAUUGUGAUCUUUGACUUGCCAUUACCAAUGUUGUCGCUGAUGCAGGUCGCCGCUGCCUUGCAAGGAGCCGGUUCGCAACAAGAUUUAACAGAGGAAUCAGAGACCCAAAAUAACAGAGACACAAAGAAAGGGGAUCAAUCUUCUGCCCCGGAAACUCCGACGGAAGACAACAACAAUGUGAACACUACCGAAGACAAGGGGGCGGAAGAGACCGAACAGAAAACUCCAGCAGUCGACUCCCAGUUUGGCGGAUCUAGCGUCUUUAUACGUGAUUCCGAAGACGAAGGGGAUUCCGUGGAUGCCAUUCCUUAUUACGAAAACAUCGAAAGUGAGGCUUCAGAAGUUUUAGAACAGGAAGAAGAGGAAGAAGGAAAGUUAGAAGUGAAACCAGAAGUGAUUGAUUCUGAAUCGGAUAACGAGGACGUAGUGGAAGAAUCUGUCGAAGGAAAAGUGGAUGUUUUACAAAGUGGAGCUGUAGUGGAGAAACAAAGUGUGGAAAACGACGAUAUAUCAGAUGAAAAAGAAAAUGAGGAGGUAGAGGAAAGUGACGUCAUACAAACGGUAGAGGAAAGUGACGUCAUACAAACGUCAGCCGAAAACACCACAGUGACAUCUGAAAUUGACCAAUCACAAGACGAGAUGCCCGGGAGAGAGGAUGAAGUGUUGUCACCCUCUUUACAGAAAGCCACCUGUCGAUACAGGUGGGGCAAAACACUGCGCACCAAUUCCCACGAUGUCGUCUUUUUUCCUUCGUAUAAAAUGGAAGAGCCCAUUAGACUGACUUGGGACGAAUCAAACGAAUCUUAUUUCUCACCAGAGCUGGAGGUAGCCACCGGGGUGUACCGCGGAAAUCUGGUCAUUGAGGGAAACACCUACCCCAUAGAGGACGUAGUCAUCAAACACUACACAUUUGAAGCAGAUAUUUACAUAAAAGAAGAUCUCAUUGAAGAUGAAGUUGGAAAAAGUUUGAUUCCAGAGGAGGAUGAAUUGGUAGAAACAAACAACCAUCAAGGGAGUGAGACAAAUCAAGGAGAAGACUACAGUGAACAACAAGAGGUAAUGGAAUCCUCUCUCAAUCUCUCCAACAAGUUUGAGGAGUUGGUCAAGAAACAGAUUUCCCAGGAAUCAAGAGAUGGCGAAUUAGAGCCACUCAGCUCAGCAGGACGAAGGACUCCCAUAGGAGAUGUUGCUGCUGAACCAUUCCAAGAUGGCACCAUUGUAGAUGAUGUGGUGGAGAGGCCACAUUCUCGAUCCUCUGUGAAAAGUGCUGGUUCUGUGUCACAACCCACCACUCAGAAAACGGUGGAGGAAAUUAUCCGAGAAGUCAACAGUGCUUCAAAUAGUGCUGAACUCUACAGCAGUGAGGGAGUAAAAUCCCCUGCGAGGUCAAAUGAAAAUUCUGUCUCUGGCUGUGUUCAUGUGGUUGUAGAGGAUAUAAUAGGAACACAAGACAUGAAGUCCCCUCUUGGUUCUCCCUACCACUCAAAUCAAGGAUCACUUAGACAGACCCCUGUCAGAGAUGGGUCAAGGUCACCUCAGAGGUCAGUGGAGGGGUCACUACAAGGUUCUAAUAGACAGACCCCCACAGCAGGGUUUGUGGAUGAUGUUCUUGGCCAGUCAACUCCCAUAAAUAGGUCAGAGCAUGGAUCUGCGAGACAGACUCCUCAGCCAAUGUCUAACCACUCCUCACUGAGGAAUACUCCUCAGCUGAUCAGUGACGUCCUACAGACGAGUGGAGACAAGUUAUACUCCGCGGGAUCCAUAGGGUCGGGAGGAAGUCGUCCACAGAGUCUGACUAGCGAACAGGAACUCAAUCAGUACUUUGAAAAAAGCGGCAGCCUCCCAGGGUCAGAAAGGUCAGGGUCAAACAGGACAACCCCACUGAUUCCCUCACCCAAUGUACGAGCUCAUGAGCGUGCUCACAGCUCGUCCAGUCUGCCGAUCAUCACGACACAACAGCGGCUACAGACAGAAGGACGGAGCCUGACGCCAGAUAAUCACAUCAGAGUUCCGGGGGAGAUAUCACCAGCUCUUAGGGGAGCUAAUCCAGCUGUCAAUAGGUCUAAUGUGUCAUCUCGAGCCAGCGAAAGAACACUCACACCGGGGGCCGUCGAGAACGGAUACCAUGAUGAUGCACAGAGUCAGAGAAUUCAGGACCUUGAGGACAGUGUGAGGAACCUGAGGAAGUUGCUAAGCAGCCGGGAGACAGAAGUUCAUGACCUCACCUCUCAGCUGAAGCAGUUAAAGACCUUGAACCAGCAGCUGACUGAAGAGUUAGACACGGUGAAAAUGAGGGAACAACGCUCCUCCCCGGCAUUUAGUAAUAUACAGGAGCUUGAGCGGCAGUACAAGCAGGUGCUCAGUGAGAAGGAUAUAAUGGCGGGGGAGAUCGUCAAAUUGAGGGAUCAGAUGGAGGAACUGAGAAGGGGGAGGAACGGAAGACCAGACGGGGAGACCAGCGAGAUGUCACAGGGGAUCAGUUAUAAUCCCAAUAAUCCCUAUGUACUACAGAGGAAAAUAGCUGAUUUGGAGAGUCAGGUACAGGAUUUACAGGAGGCCAAUGAGACGGCUGUGUCAGAACUCUCCAACACAGAGCGGAAGGUGGAGGAACUACAGAGAGCUAACGAGGCCCUGAGAGUGGGGCAGGAAUCCCAGAAUCUGGACCUCCAGGAGGAGAACCAGAGACUGCACGAUCAGAUAUCCAAAAUGUAUGAGAAAGGAUAUGGUGGCUCGUCGAGCACUGAACCAGAACACCGGAUCCUGAUUGAGAUACAGCAGCUCAGGGAAGAUAACCGGGCUCUGAGGGAGAGAAACUACAAACUCCAUGAGGAGAGCAUGCAGGUUAGGGAGGAACUGAUGAAGUUGAAGCAGGAGGGACAGAGAACGAUCCCCCCACGAGACGUCAGGGUGUCGUCACAGGAAGUCAGAAACUCGUCACCGCGGGAUGUUAGGGUGUCGUCACAAGAGGCCAGAACGGCGUCACCGCGAGGCGCUAGGACUUCGCCACGAGAAGUCAGGGCACCUCUACACACCAGGGGAUUCAGUCUGGAAAGGACUUUGGACCUAGGAUCAGACAGGUUUUCCAAAGAGAGAACUUUAUCAGGCAGGCUGUCAUUAGAACAAGAGGAUGCUAGACUUCUAAGUAGCAUUCACAGACAGACGGACAACAGAUAUAGCAGAACAGAGGCCGAUUCACUCGGGAAAUACAGGAACAGUGAUAUGAAAGACAGUGCUACCAAAGAAGAAAACUACUUUGGUCGCAGUAUUCAAAAGGCAGAAACUAGGCUGAGGAGCAGUUUAGAAAGAGCUGAUGCUAAUUUCAGAAAAAUUUCAGAUGGAGAAGAUAUAAAGCCUAGAUUUGAUAGAUUUUCAAGACUUAGCAGCAGUUUAGAUAGACACACAGACAGACGUAAAUAUGACCUUGAAGAUACACCCCGAUCUGAAGGUUACAGGACGGGGCCCGAGGGCGGGGAUAGGGAAGCCCUGCCAACCACACUACCUCGUUAUAAUACAUCCAGACAAUCUGAGUAUAACCAGCCAGGCAGGGAAAGGUCAAGGACACCUGACAACACUGUCACCAUAGAAACAGAGUGGCAUAAGUUUGACAGAGAGAGAAGCAGAAGAAAUGAGAUUCCACCGAGUAAAUCAUGCUCUGAGCUCUCCAAGCCAUCCUAUACAGAACCUUCCUAUAAAGAACUGGAGAGGAACACUUACCAACAUGACUACCAAUCUACCCCAAACUUUGCUGAUAAAAACAGAGAAUGGUCACGGUCAGAGGCAGAUCUUAGGCAUGCUCACUUUACCUAUAGAGGGCGCUCCAGAACGCCUGACCCCCGGAUGUCAGGUCGAAGGUCACCCUCUCCUGGUUACAUGGAUCUUCCAUCAACCUCCAACUAUCAGCGCACCACCUAUCACUUUGACCACACCCCUCGACCUAGAUUAGACCACGCCCCUCGACCUAGAUUAGACCACGCCCCUCAACCUAGAUUAGACUGGGAUGGUAGGUUUGCAUGCGUUUAUUGCGUUCGCCGCUUCCACAUUGGUAGUCGACGAGAAGAGCCCAUCCCACCCCGCCCGUCCUCAGCCCUGUCAGAACGCAGCAAUAACACAGACUAUCUGACGGGGACCUACCACAAACCCACCAACCCAGCGCUCUCUGUGUACCAGUCCAGCUACCAGGAAAGAGGCUACGAUGGACUGAAGAAGUCGGGACUUUACCAGGACGGAGAAGAGAGCGACACUGGAACCGAUAUCCUGGUGAACACCAAGCUCCAGGAAGUCUCCCCGCGCCUCUCCCCGACCAGUCCUGACCCACAGCACAGACGGUCUGUCACCCACCAGUACAGUUACCGUCGGCGACGCGACUCCCUGGGAUCUGAGGGAUCUGAGGACGAGAUGGAGCCAUCGUAUUGUAAACAUCCACGAUCCAAAUCAGCUGACGGAAGGGAAUUACUGAGGGGUUCCCUCACGAUGGGUACAGAAAGGUCAGGGACGUUUGGUACAGAGAGGUCACUGGUUAUGUUGACCCAGCCCAUGGAUCGGACCCUCAAUAAGAGAAACCCUGCACCCCCUACCGCAAAUCUCCGGACCGUCACUCCCAGCGUACUCACUACACAACAUAACAGGAACAUGCUAGCAGCUUCCAAUAGCACUCUUGCACCUCUGACAACCGGGAUGAAGCCUUUCUCUCCCCGUUCCCCUGGUGACAUUAAUUUAGAGGACGUGGUGAAAUUCUCUCGGGCUGGUGGUAAACUAAGUCAAGGAUCCGUGAAGUUUGUAGGGCAUUUACCGGGGCGCAGUGAUGCUUAUUUAGGGGUGGAGCUAGAUAAAGAAGAUGGAAAACAUGAUGGAAAGUUUGAGGGAAUGAGAUACUUCCGAUGUAAACCUAACAAGGGAGUGUUUGUAGCUUUCAACAAAGUCGUAAUGGCCUGGACAAGAUGAUCUAUGCUGCAAAUAUAAGAGUUAUGUCCCUUAGAAUGUGUCUCAGAAAAACCUGAAAAAGCCAUA